AUGAGAAUCACAAAGAAGCAGAGGCUGAUAGCCACGAUCUGUAUCUCUUUCUCUUUCUUUGCAGCUGAAUUGGCUGUUGGGUUCUAUACUCGCUCGAUCGCAUUGAUCGCCGAUGCUUUUCACUACCUUAGUGAUCUCAUCGGAAUAGUUGUCGCUCUAAUAGCGUUGAUGAGCUUGACAGGUUUGGCACACAUUCCCAUGGACCACCAUAAUCAUAGGCACACAACUAUGUCCGUGAAGGGCCCAGGAAGGGACUUGGGUAUGCUUGGCGUUUUCAUUCAUGUUCUAGGAGAUGCCAUCAACAACAUCGGAGUCAUCAUUGCGGCAGUUCUGAUCUGGCAACUCAAAGGAGAAGGUCGAUACUACGCGGACCCAGCAGUGGGAGUCUUCAUCUCACUCAUGAUUCUCCUAUCAGCUAUACCUUUAGUCAAGAAAAGCGGCGCUAUUCUACUACAAACUGCGCCUGAAGGCGUCAACCCUGAGGACGUCAAACGUGACAUUGAGAUGAUCCCUGGCAUCAUAUCGGUGCACGAGCUGCAUAUCUGGCGCCUGGACCAACGCAAAUUUGUCGCCUCUGCCCACAUCGCCGUCGAUAGUAGAACUGUCCAGGGCUUUGCAGACAAGGCUAAGAUCAUCAUGGAGUGUCUCCACGCAUACGGGGUUCACUCAGCAACCCUACAGCCUGAGGUUCUCGAAGCGAGCCCCGUGAUCAUGCCUGACAGUGGCCCAGGGUCUCAGGACCAGGCAACUUCGAUCGACGCCAAUCACAGUGUAUGCAGAACUCAACGGCCGCGAGGAAGUGAGCAAGAAUGCCAGGUGAUUUGCGGCAGCUCGUGUGAGGGGCUGAGGUGCUGUGCACCAGUGCACCCUGAGUGA